UUAAAGGAUUAUCGAGUGACUUAUUGAGUUCGUUCGCAAAAACAAAAAACAACAUGUUUAAGGGGAAGUGACGGUGGUGGGGCGGAGGAGUUUACCGGUGGUUAAUAGUUACGUACACGUAAAUAUACCGUUUAUAGUAGGGACAUGUUGAAUUUGAUUGGUGCCGACGGAAGAAGUUUGAAAGUUAAAAGCGAUCGGGCGUUUGUACGCUAUUAAAGUUUUUGAUGUAGCGCGCAUUGACAUUAGAGGUGCACUUAGCGGGAAAUUUGUUAUGAAUAUGGGAUGUGAUUGGUUUGAGAUGUUGUGCGGAGACAAGAGACAGGAGACGGGAGAAGGCAUGGGGCAGGUUUUAGAGGAACGGCUAGAGUGAGGCGAGCGAUGUGAGUGCGCGAGCGUUGCCAACGAUCAAUAGAGGGUCCUUUGCCGAACACUCCUGCGUCUAACUGUGAGUUUACAAACUGUUCACGAUUCCAUCGAAACUCGCGAAACGUACCAUUCGUUUGCCAGACAUCGUGGAGUUCAGCUCGCAACCGGAAAGGCCUGCCCGAUGUAGGAGGCGUACUUCAUCAGACUGGUUGAAUGGAACGUUCGCAACUAAAUGGUUCACGUUAAAAUUAAGGGCGCUCAGUGACGGCACAGCUACACAGAAACGAUGUACCGCCACACGAUUUUCGUCUUGAUCCUCCACCUCAUGCACAUGUCCAUGUGCACGAAUGUGAAGAUCAAUUUCCGCGAGAAGGAGAAGGAGGUCCUCGACCAGAUACUCGGACCGGGACGUUACGAUGCCAGAAUCCGACCAUCGGGAGUCAAUGGCACAGUAGUAGGAGACGGGCCGACCAUAGUUAAUAUCAACAUCUUUCUCCGGUCUAUCAGCAAAAUAGACGAUUAUAAAAUGGAAUACAGUGUGCAGCUGACGUUUCGUGAGCAAUGGCUCGACGAGAGAUUGAAAUUCAAUGAUUUCGGCGGCCGAUUAAAGUAUUUAACGUUGACGGAGGCGAAUCGUGUAUGGAUGCCCGACUUGUUCUUCUCGAACGAGAAGGAGGGUCACUUUCACAAUAUUAUCAUGCCCAACGUUUACAUUAGGAUCUUCCCUUACGGCUCCGUUUUGUACAGUAUUAGGAUCUCGCUCACGCUUUCCUGUCCCAUGAAUCUGAAGCUCUAUCCUUUGGACAGGCAGAUUUGCUCGUUGAGGAUGGCCAGCUACGGCUGGACGACUGAUGAUCUGGUCUUCCUGUGGAAGGAGGGCGAUCCGGUGCAGGUGGUGAAGAACUUACACCUACCACGCUUCACGCUGGAGAAAUUCCUGACUGACUACUGCAACAGUCGUACCAACACAGGUGAAUACAGCUGUUUGAAGGUCGACCUGCUUUUCAAAAGGGAGUUCUCGUACUACCUGAUCCAGAUCUACAUUCCGUGCUGCAUGUUGGUCAUCGUGUCCUGGGUGUCCUUCUGGCUGGACCAAGGCGCCGUCCCGGCCCGGGUGUCCCUAGGUGUGACCACACUCCUCACCAUGGCAACGCAAACAUCCGGCAUCAACGCAUCGCUCCCUCCCGUCUCCUACACCAAAGCCAUCGACGUCUGGACCGGCGUCUGUUUGACGUUCGUGUUUGGUGCGCUGCUGGAGUUCGCGCUCGUCAACUACGCAUCACGAUCGGACAUGCACAGGGAGAACAUGAAGAAGCAACGGCGCCAAUGCGAGCUGGAACAUGCCGCCUCAUUGGACGGAACAUCCGACCUGAUCGACUCCGACAGCAACGCCACCUUCGCCAUGCCCUUAGUACGACAUCCAGGCGAUCCGAUGAACAUGGACAAGGUCAGACAAUGCGAGAUCCACAUGCAACCGGCGCCGCCGAACUGCUGCAAAUCUUGGCUGUCCAAGUUCCCCACCAGGUCUAAACGCAUUGAUGUCAUUUCUAGGAUAACUUUCCCUUUGGUUUUCGCUUUGUUUAACGUAAUUUACUGGAGCACGUACUUGUUUAGGGAGGAGACGGAGGAGUCUUAAAUUAAUUUGGUUGUAGUCUCAAUGCGAGUGUUAGAAUUUUUUACUUGAUUUGGGACUUUAAUCUGAUUUGAAAUGUGAAUCAAUUUAACAAGGUACUAUACUUAAUUGUAAUUUUAAACUGUAGGUAAAGAGGAAUUCAUUUUAUAAUUUGUGAGAACCUAGGAGUUAGAUUCAGAAUAUAUAUAUAUAUACAUAGUAAAACAGUUAAGAUCAUUGUCAUGUUUCGACUUCGUUGUGUCGCAUAACUGACACCUGGAAUUUUGAGGUGGCAAUUUUGAGGUGUUCAUUGUAGAGUCUUGCCAACAUACUAUGACAGUUUAAUGUCAAUUAUUGGUAAAAGUAUACAGGGUUCUUUUGAAAGUGAACUUCUUUUUCUGAUACAGCUUACAUAAAUGUUACUUGGCUACUUAUAGAACAUAAUUAUAGAAAACUUGUCCUUGGUUCUAAACCAAGGGUAUAAAAGCAGAAUUCUAAAUACAUACAUUAUAUGUAUAUAUAAGGUGAGAAUAAUUGUUCACUUAUGUGUGCUUAUAUUAAGAUCUAAAUGUGCAACACCAAAACCAAUAUAAUGUUCUUUAACCCAACCACCCACAAGCAAUAUUUCGUAGUCAACGUUUCGCAAAUAAAUGUUUUCAUUUUAUAUAAUUUUGACGGUACACCCCGUUCAAAACAAUUCUGUAUAGUCUCUCUUUGAUGCACUCUUUACCAGGUAGAUUGUACUGCGACAUUUUAAACCUCAUUCAUUGUUUUAAAGCCGAGUGAAAGACGACGCAUAAAAUAAAUUGUGAUUGAUUUUCGAGAUGCACAGACGUUUUAUUCAACAAAAAAAUAAUAAUAAUAAUAAUAAUAAUAAUAACAAAAGCUGUAAGAUGUAUCAAAUACUGUAUAUACUAAGGUUGUUCAUCUUUGGCACGUUCGGCUGAAGGAAUCUUUUAAUUUGUGCAGCAAAAAGAAAAAAAAAGAGAAACUUGAUCAAAAAUUUGGAAACCGAAGUUUUCAAAGUUUUGGCCGUGCAAUAGCUCAAAAAUAGUCUUCCAUUUAUUGAAUACUUCCAACAUUCCGAUUUGAUAAAUACUGCAGCUUUUACAGGUGCUCUAUUAUAAAGCGACCAAACGACAACCAACAAACAACCAGCUUGGUGAUUUUUAAUUAUUAAUUAAUAGACACCAUUGAUAUGUAUGAUUGAAUUUGAGUGGUUUAAAUAAUUCUAUGAUUAACAUGCAAUGGCCUUAGAUUUAUAGAUAAGGCCUAGAUUAAAACUAAAACUGGGCGUUAGCAGUUAUAAGUAGGUUCAGAGUGAGCAGGCCUUAGAUUUAGGCAUAAGGCCUAAAGUUACUGAUAAUAGAAUAGACUAGUUCUUGAAGGUUUAGAUUUACUAACCUGUCAUUAUCUUUCAUAAGUCCUAAGAGUUUGAAGUACCUAAAUUUAGGUGCACCGGUCCUAUGCUUUCAUUUGUUUACGCCAACAACAUACUCCUACAGUUUAUCGACGACCGAUAACCGAAUACCAAUGAAAUUUUAGUUCAAACAAACCCAUGGAAAGAAAACUAGACCAAACCGCAAGGUACUUCUGUGGGAUUGAAUGAGGUUCAAAACUUAUAUACAUACGUGUCCUGUUGCUAAAUAUCUUUAUGUGGAGGCGGGGUUAUGCUCAACACUAAAACCAAAUCUACACGUCACUAAUUAACGGUUGUUAUCAUUGCCCCCAAUUUAAGUUAGCACUUUUGUAGUGCGUAAUAUUUGUGGGCUCAAAUACGCAUUGCAAAAACUAAGGCUUUGAUUACGACUUCAGAAGCAUCAAAUUGAUCUCAUCACUAGUGGUAGAGUUUGGAGUAAGCAUAGCCUCAGAAUAUAUUUAUUCUCUCAGUGUUUACUUAAAAUUUCAAUUAUACAAAUCUGUGGAAUAAGUUGUAACUUAGAGUGUUUAACCAGGAAAGACCUUAAAACGAUUUUUAAACUCGCAUUUCGAUUCUUGGGAUCCUUUUUAAAAAGUUUAGGUCUUCAAAUUGCUACUAUACUUAAAUGUUCCUUGAUUAUAUAUUUCCAUAUAUUAUAAACGUAUUAGAAUAAAAAUGUAUUGUUUCUACAGGGUGAUGAAAUUAUGUAUAAUGUAUGACAUGGUCAAUCUGAUAUUUUAUAAUGGAACAAUGUAGCUGUAAGUCAUACCGUAUGACUCAUACGUUAUAUUUGUUUUGUAAAUAGUUCUACUAGAUUUAGGUGAUUUUUAUUUCGAAAUUCCGGGGCACACGGAAACAAUUCCUCCAACGACUCGAGUCUAUUACGGAACUAGUAGUUACCUGUUAGCAUAGUUGUUUAGAUAUUUUAUAAAAUAUAAUAAUUCAGUCGUUCGUGGAAUCAUUUCGGCAGCCUCUAGUAUUAACCAAAUCAAACGUCGAGACGACGGGGAGACACACCAUCUUUUAAAUGUAAUAAAUUGUAGAAAUAAUCA